CCAAAACCCAAUUUCAGUGCAACGCAUAAGCAGACAGCAUGGCUUUCCUACAAACUCGACCCUUUAUCCAAUCUCCACCGCCUCUUCCUGCUCCGCUCUCCUCACCGGUUUCCCCAUGGAUAUCGAGCUUCCGUCCCAUAUCCAUAUCGGCCAUGUCUCAGAAAGAGGGCGACAACGGAAGACGAAUCUGGCGGCGCCGAAAACUGAGAAAGAGAGACGAGAAGAUUGAAUACAAGAUGGAACGGGUCCCUUUUCUCGAGGAGCAGGUGAGGAAAAUAAGGGAGUCGGGGAAGAUAAUGUCGCUCGACGUCGAAAGGCUGCUGCUUUCAGAGGAGAACCGCUUCGCUUUCGUCAACGAGGUGGCGGCGGAGGCGACGGCCUAUGUGGAGAAGAAUCGAGACGAGUAUGGAGCUAAGAAGGCCAUUCUUCAUGUGCUGAGCAACAGGAUGAAUGAGGCCGGCUUCCACCGCCCCGAGGCUUAUAUGGAAUCCGAUCCCUUCAUGCCUGGACCUCACUACCUAAGGAUUCCUGAAACUUAACCUCCUGGUUUUUUUCAAUUAUGGGUUUUUGGGAAAUUUGUUUUCUUAACAAUAAUUAGAUAAUUAUCUGGGUUUU